AGUCCCGGUGCUAGCGGUGUUAGCAUGUGCUAGCUUGACACACGCAAGAACGGGGGUGAAGUUACGAACCUUUGGGCCAAAACAAGACUUGUCCCCCCCGUGUAGGGGACACGGCAGCCCCGCUAUGAAUGGGACACCCCCUGGUCUCCCGGUGUGUACCUCGAGUAAUACUCCCGUUAAACCGGGCGGCCCGUCGUUCAUCUGAAACGGGAUCCACGGUGGAAAAAACGGUUUUCUGUGGAAGAUCAACAUGAACCGUCCGACACUGACCAACGCAGAGAAGCUGUUGUAGCUGAGGGAGGAUCGCCCGCCCGAACUUCUCCUCCUCCUCCUCCUCCUCCUCCUCCUCCUCCUCCUCGUCCCUCCCAGGGAUCCAUGACCGGACCCAACUCCCCCAGCCGGACCGGCACCACCCCGGCGAAGCUGACCAGGCACGGCCGAUCCAAGAGCACCAGCGCGCACUGCCUCCUCCGCUGCAGCACCCGGGAGGAGUCCGCCGCCCCCCCCCCCAACAACGGCACCCGCUCCCCCGGGGAGGAGGAGGAGAAGGAUGGAGGGGUUCUUUUCUACGUGAACAGGACGGGUUUCCCCAUUGAAGGUCCCACGUGGGACAGGAUGUGGUCCCACGUGGCCGCCGUGCACCCCGAGGGUCAGGAGAUGGUUGACAGGAUACGAAAUGCGGCGUACCUUCCCAAGCAUCCCGUUCCCUCGGUCCCGACCUUCAGACCCUCCAUGUCGGUCCCUGAUUGGCUGGUGGCCAUCCAGAACUACAUGAAGGCUCUGCAAUACAACCACACAGGAACCCAGUUCUUUGAGAUCAAGAAGAGCCGUCCACUCAGCGGGUUAAUGGAGACAGCAAGAGAGAUGAUCAGAGAGUCUCUGCCAAUCAAAUGUCUCGAAGCCGUCAUCUUGGGAGUCUACCUGACCAACGGGCUGACGUCUCUGGAGCGCUUCCCCAUCAGCUUCAAGACGCAGUUCUCGGGCCACUGCUUCCACCACGUGGUGCUCGGCGUGCACUGCAACGGGCGCUACGGCACGCUGGGCAUGAGCCGCCGCCAGGACCUGAUGGACAAGCCGCUGACGCACCGCACGCUGGGCGAGCUGGUGGCCGAGUUCGAGAGCUCCUACAAGAUGUACCAGCACACCCUGAAGAAGGUGAAGAUCGGCCUGUACGUGCCCCACGACCCCCACGUGUGCCAGUCCAUCGAGUGGAAGCACCUGGUGCUGAACGCCGCCCGCCUCGGGCCUCAGGAGAUGAGGAAGGAGCUGGAGAAGCACGGGCGCGACAUGAGGAUGAAGAUCCUCAAAUCGUCCAGCGCGCAGUCACCGAUCAAGGAGCGCAGCCGGGGGAAGUCCUUAUCGCCACGGCGACGGCAGAGCAGCCCCCAGCGCCGCUUCACACAGCGCAGAGACAAAUCGCCGGCCUCGGUGGACAGGAAACCUCCGGAGCUCAGCACCCUCAACGACGGCUACCAGAUCCGCAUCUGAUGGCAACUUCACCUCCGUGGACCCGCUCAGCCACCGUGACCCCCCCCCCCCCCCCCCACAAAGGCCCCCCCCCCCCCCCACACUCUACACAACACAUAGGAUCUUAUUGCUGGAAGAGCAAAAACUUCUUAGAAGCUGAGAAUCAGACAAAAGAAAGUGAAUCCAUGACAACCGCCUCGUGCCCCCCCCCCCCCACACACACACACACACUGCGCUUAUCUGGCAGUAAGAAAUAAAAGAAACCAGAUGCAGACGGCGUGGAGAGGAAAAGGUCGCCAUGACAACAAGAUGUCAGCUUUCCUCUGCAGAAACAGAUGUUCAUCGGGGGGGGGGGGGUUGGAUAUCUAUUGUAAUGAGAGAGGAAGUGAGGGGAGAAGGAGAGGAGGUGGGCGAGAGGAGAAGAGGAGUCACUGUAGGAGAUCAGUGAGCCAGCCCCCCCCCCCCCCAACAGCUGGAUUAUCAGCAGAUCCAGCGGCUCUAGGCUUGGAGGGGGGGGGGGGGGGUUAUUCAGCUGAGUUGAUCCCUUCGGGGCCUUCGGGGGGAUCCUGAGAGGAGCCUUUGACCUUCAGCCACUCCGACUCCCACCGACCGAACGCUUUGAAGCCUUCAGGCUGAAGGAAGGACAACGAGAGGCCUCUAGAGACACAGGAAGUCCUCCCAGUGUCCCUGAGCUGCUUCUUCUGUGCUGAUCACAAAAUCACAAAGAAAGGUCCAAAUAAAUCCGGGUCUUCCAGCAGGACGCCGAUCCUCACGAGAGAAACAUUUCACAACGGGAACAAUGAACAUCUACAGCCCCCCAUGCCCCCCCUCCCACCAUGCCCCCCCGCCACGCAACAACCAGCUAAGGAAGGGAGAGUUGAUACUUGAUGUUUUUGUUUGUUUUGCAAACAUAAGAAGCACAAACCCGCUUUUAGCGAGAUGCAGAUGCCUCACUGGGGGGGUCUAUGGGGGUCAAUGGGGGUCAAAGCCCUCACUUCUUCUUCUUCACAGUUCAUCUCCUGGAAGGUUUCAGUUGGUUGUUUGUUUUCAUCUUUGAUUCAUUGAUUGUAUGUUUUAAGAUAAAAAGAACAUCGUAGUUGUUGCAGGUGUUUUUUUUAUGGCCUUUUUUUGAUUGGUUUCCACUCGAUGACACAGACAUGAAGUCACUUUGCAUCAAAUUCAUUCAUUCUAAAUUUUCACCAGAAAAAAAGCUGUUGAAAUAUAGUAAAAUCAAUAUAAUAUUCAACCAAAUGAAGAAGAACAUGCGUGUCUGAUGAUCAGCGUCCAGUGCCUCAGCAGCGUGUGAUCGGAUUGGAUGAGGAGUCGUCACAUGACUUUGUGUUUGGAGUUGUCCACUUGCGUUGCACACAAUGACUCAAGUUAUUGUUUGAGCCACAACAACCUGUUUCUUUGUGUGUGUGUGUGUGUGCGGCAAACCCCAAACCACUAGAACAAUAUCCAGCCGGUAAUCAACACACACACACACACACACACACACGUGUUGAAGGCGUGUUUAAGGCGUGUUUAAGGCGUGUUCCCCGUGUGACGACCUGAUGUGUUUUUUAUUCGUGUGGAGGAGACGUGACCCUCAUUAGUAUUAAUAUUAUUAUUAUUGUAAGGUUUUUUAUCAACUGUAGCAGCAUGUGUUCUUUUAAUAAAUGAUCUAUGUUUUUAA